GGGGGCGUGGCAGAUGUCAGCGGUCACAUGGGCCGGAAAAUGUGGGGCUUAAUUCCUGUGUUUGACUGCUCUGAGCUGCUGCUCCUUUGCCCUUCGCACUGCAAACCCGCCGUCCGCCCCAUCCCGACCACCGACUCCCCGGUGGACUCUCCUCGGCGCACCAUGUCGGACCAAGCUUUUGUGACGUUGGCCACAAAUGACAACUACGCCAAGGGAGCAAUGGUUCUUGGCCAGUCGUUGCGGAACCACAGCACAACCCGGAAACUGGUGGCACUCAUUGGACCUCAUGUUGCAGAGCCUUGCAGGGAUGCGCUGCACUCAGUUUUUGACGAGGUGAUCGUGGUGGACGUCAUGGAUUCGUGCGACGCGGCAAAUCUGGCUCUGAUGAAGCGGCCGGACUUGGGCGUGACGAUCACCAAGCUGCACUGCUGGACCCUGGUGCAGUACAGCAAAUGUGUGUUCAUGGACGCCGACACACUGGUGCUGUCCAACAUAGAUGAACUUUUUGAGAGGGAAGAGUUGUCUGCAGCUCCAGAUCCUGGCUGGCCGGACUGUUUCAACUCCGGCGUUUUUGUCUUCAGGCCGUCCAAAGAGACGCAUGAAGAGCUGCUCAAUUUCUGCACUGAAAAAGGCAGCUUUGACGGUGGAGAUCAGGGCGUUCUCAACAGUUACUUUAACACCUGGGCGACGGCAGACAUUUCCAAACACCUGCCGUUUAUCUACAACCUCAGCAGCAUCGCCAUCUACUCCUACCUGCCCGCUUUCAAACAGUACGGCCACAACGCCAAGGUGGUGCACUUUCUGGGCAAAGUGAAGCCGUGGAACUACUCCUACGACGCCCAGAGAGGCGAGGUCAGAGGUCACUCUGUCUCCCCUGACUCGUGCCAGAUGCACCCGAACUACCUGCUCCAGUGGUGGCAGCUGUACGCCGCCUCCGUCCUGCCGUUGCUGCAGAAGGCGUACGGCGACGCCCCGUUCAGCAGCGGCUUCGUGAACCAGAGCAGUCCUGGCGAACUUCACGAAGACGCGAGAGAGCAGCCCAGGUUUCCUCCCCCUCCCUCCCAGAGGCUUUCGUCAGAGGAGAGGAAGCAGCGCUGGGAAGCGGGCCAGAUCGACUACUUGGGCGACGAUUCCUUCACAAACAUCGAACAAAAACUCAACUCUUUCCUCAAGUAGCGCGCGCCUGGGGGAGUGUGACGGGACACCGGUUCGAGCUCUGGGAUUAAGAUGGGGGUUGGGUGGGAUGCAGCGCCGCUCAGCCAAACAUGGGGGGUUGUGGGUGGGUUGUGGCUUUCAUUCUUCUGUCUUGGUAGGGUUUGUUUGGCAGAUCUUCCAUGCACUUCAAUAUACAACUUAGUUGUUUUUUUCCCCCUCUUUUAAACAGUUUGACAUGAUUUGUGGAGCAUAAUCUUACUAAAAUUCAGAUAUUUAGAGAGUGAAGUAGUUGCCAACAUCCAGUGUAGAAUGAAGACUGGAAACGAUUAAUCACAUGUUAAAUCUAAGCACUGUGAAUGUUAGAAUAAUUUAAAUGUGCAUCACGGCUAAAACAAGAGGCUAAAAUACACUCCUCAAAUAUUGUA